GGAGAGAAACCUUAUGAAUGUAACCAAUGUGGUAAAGCCUUUGGACAUAAAAGUAAUCUCCUAAUACAUAAAAGAACUCACACUGGAGAGAAACCUUAUGAAUGUAUUCAAUGUGGUAAAGCCUUUGUAUGUUACAGUCAUCUCCAAGUACAUGAAAGAACUCAUACUGGGGAGAGACCUUAUGAAUGUAACCAAUGUGGUAAAGCCUUUGUAUGUUACAGUCAUCUCCUAACACAUGAAAGAACUCAUACUGGGGAGAAACCUUAUGAAUGUAACCAAUGUGGUAAAGCCUUUGCAGAUAACAGUGAUCUCCUAAGACAUAAAAGAACUCACACUGGAGAGAAACCGUAUGAAUGUAACCUAUGUGGUAAAGCCUUUGCACGUAAUAGUCAUCUCCUAAGACAUAAAAUAACUCACACUGGAGAGAAAACUUGUGAAUGAAACCGAAGUUGGUAAAGCUUUUGCACAGCACAGUCAUCUCGUAGUACUUAAAAGAGUUCACACUAUAGAGAAAUGUUAAGAAUGUAUCCAAUGUGAUAAAGACUAUGCAUUUCAGAGUAGUCUCUGAAAACAUAAAAGAACACACCCAGGAGAAAAAAAAAUCCUUAUGAAUGUAAUCACCUUUGUAUAACACAGUCAUCUCCUAAACCAUAAAAAUACAUAUUGCAGAAUAUCCUUGUGAAUAUAACCAGUGUCCUAAAGACUUUUCAUGUAAAACUCAUCUAGGACAAGAAACAUACUGGAGUGAAAUCCUAUGAAUGUAACCAAUGUGGCAAAACCUUUGUAUGCCAUAAUUUUCUCCAAGUACAUAAAAAAAUACACACUGGGGAGAAACCUUAUGACUGUAACCAAUGUGGUAAAACUUUUGCUCUUCAGAAUCAUUUUCAAAGUCAUGAAAAAAUUCAUACUGGACAGAAAAACUGAGUGUAUUUAAAAUGGUGAAGCUAUUCCACAUUUGUAUACUCAUCAUCAUAAAAGAAUUCAUGCUGGAGAGAAAUGUUUAUGAAUGUUUUAAAAUAUGAGAGUUUUGCACAUAUCUACAUUCUUCAUCAUAAAAGUUUAAUACUGGAGAGAAAUCCUGAGAAUAUAAGCAAAACUGUUCUCUUUCUGUUCUUUGUGCCUUUGCGUUCUUUGGUCCAUUGAAUCAAAUAAAACCCAAACACUAGGUCAAUGCAAAUGACAAAAAUUUUUUGUUAUCAUGGCACUACUGGUUGAUGAGGGCCACAUAAAAUUCUUGGGAACUGAACUGUGAUACCUACCCACUCACUGGGCCAGAAAGUUACAGCAGUUCUGUGCUUGAAAUUUGUAAACAUCUGUGCUGUUUUUUAAUUUUUUUUAAUCAAUCAGGGUUUAAGGAUAUGGGAUUGGUUUAUGUCAUUGAGAAAGUCACCUGAUGCAAAAUGUAGGUUUUACAGUUAAAACAAUCAUAUCCAUUUGUUCUUUUGUGGUUAGGAAAGGUAUUAUAUUUUAGGGAAGAGAAGUUGUGGUUUGGGACAGUCAUUAUGUUAGGGAAACAGAAGCCGUGGUAUGGAACAGUCAGGUUUGGGAGAACAAAAGAUAAAUAAUGAAAGCUAGUCAGCUAUUGGGAAGCCUGCAGCUUUCCUAGAGAUGAUAAACUUAAACUUAGGUUCACCCUAUAAUUCAAUAGACGCUGAUAUCUAAAAGGCAAUACUUAGGACAAAUUUAAUUUGCAUGUUUACACAUGCAAAAAACUUUUGCAUGUUUUUGCAUAUCACAGUCAUCUUCAAAUAUAUAAAAGAACAGAUAGUAGAGAGAAACCUUACACCUGAAAUCAUUGUGAUAAAGCCUUUUCUUAACAUAGAUAUCUCCAAAUACAUAGAAAAAACAUAUACUGCAGUGAAAACCUAUGAAUAAACAAUGUGGUAAAUCUUUUUCAUGUAGUUGUCUUUCAAAUCUUGAGAAAAAGCCAUGCUGCAGAGAAACCCCAUGAAUGUAGUCAGUAUGGUAGUUUUCCUCUUCAUGUUACCAUUAUAGAAGAGUAAAAGCUGUAGUGUGUGAGCAACCUGUUAAAGCCUUUGCAUAUCACAAUAGUCUUUGAGAACCUGAAAGAACUCAUUCUGAAGAAAAUCUAUUGGGAUAAAAGAUUUGUUAAGAUCUUUGACCCACCAACUUGCAUUCAGUUACACGAGAUUAUUUGGGAGGAAAACUCUAACAAGUGUCUACAAUGUAUUCAUGCAUUAUAACAUCCAUCCUUAUUUUAUUUCCAAUUCAAAGCUCACAUGGACAAAAGGCUUAUGAAUUUAAACCAUAAGGUAACCCUUUUAGAUUUCAAAAUUCUCUUCAAUUACAUUAAAUAAAUCAUCCAGUUGUAAAAUUUAUGUGUGUUUACUGCCUUUUCUGUGACAAAACACCAUGUCUGUGUCAACUUCCAAAUGUGUUUGCUUUGCCUUAUGGUUCCCGAGGGAUAUAGGAUCUCUAUGAUAUGGGCAUCCAAGUGUCACAUGUGGCAGCUGAAGAAGGAAGCUUACAGCUCACAGCCUCAACCUUCAGUAUGAAGCAGAGAGUGAGAAUUACAAAUGCUAUGCAGUUGAAAACUAUCAAGCCCACCCCAAGAAACAUACUUUCUCUAAGAGUGCUUCAUUUCCUAAACAUUCAUAAAUGAUACCACCAACUGAGGAUUCAUUUCUCUGACUUCAAAUCUACAUGUUUGAUUUCUGUUACAUAAAGGAAUUCAUGAUGAAGAAAAACUCUGUAGAUAAGCCUGUAGAUGCCUCAACACCUGAGUUACAGUAAUGAAUGAUUACACAAGUAAAACAUUCAUGAGUAAACAUAUAUUUGUUUAAGAAUUUGUUUGAAUUUCCAUUAUGUGUUAUCAGUGUGUCUCUUUGUGUUUAUGUGCCUGUCCAUUCUGGUUUCCAUGAAGAGCAGACCCUUUCAUACCAAGAAUUAUAGAAAGUUGUCAAAAACCUGACCUAGGUCCUGGGAAUGAACUUAAGUGCAAAGCAAUCUCUCUAGUACUGUAAAUAUUUUAAAUCUUUAUAUAUCAUCUUGAUGUCAAGAAGUAGAAAAGAAUUCAUAGAAGAGAGCAACCGUAUUUCUGCAUAAGAUUUGAUGACACUGGACAUAAUAAAUGUAUUCAAUUUCAAGAAAAGAAACUUUUUAAAAUAUGUUUUUAUUAUAGCCUUGGAGGAAAUAAAUUAUUUACCGUGUUCACUUAAAUGUAAUGGUUGUAUCAAUUGUGGUUGUGGUCUGAAUUGAAACCUUGGAGUAAGUACUGAAGUUUGCUGUAUGUGUAGCAAAUCUAUUCACAGAUGUUUAUGAGGUUGUUCUGAUAUUCUUUCUGUGGUGGCUGUUCAUCUGCAUUUCUGCUUUGUGGUAGAUAUUUUUCUGCUGCAAUGUAUAGAAUGGGAUUUCCAUCAUUUGUGUGAUCUAUUGCUUACUUCUAUCUGGCAGUGUGUGAUCAUAGUUUUUACGGAAGGGUCUCUGAGAAAGCAUGGUACUUUUUGCAUUUUCACAAAUUCUUUUAAGAUGUUUGGUUUUCAACCUCACUUGAAUGUAAAUAGUUAAUGUUAAAAUGCUCAAUAAUAUGUGUUUAUGUAUGUAUAUAUUGUUUGAAGUUCCAUGCUUCUUCAUGUUCCCUUAUUUUCUAUAUGUCAAAUCAUCUUGAAGAACUUCCUUCUAAGAGAAUUGUCUAGAGGUGUUAGAUAAUGUAAAGCAAUGAGGGUUAUUUCAAAAAAGAAUGUUGUGUGUGUGUAAUGUAACUGUGGGAUCCUGGGCGAUGACAGAUAUAUGAAGAUUCUGUGAUCAUGUUGUGAGGUUUAUUUUCAUUGUUAUAUGAUGUUCAAAGUUAUGUUGCCAGUUUUACGUACCACAAACAUUCCCCCACUGAGCUCAUUGA